GUCCACUGGCUCAGUUGGAUCUCCUGAAUAUGAGUGAAGUUUCUGUCAAACUGCACUGAAGAGGACAUCAACGGCUGUAAAGAUGUGUAGUAUCUUCAGUUGUUUCAAACCACCCCCGGAGUCUGCAGGCUCGGCAGACCGCCACAGCUCUGGACACAGCCAUACUGAUGAUAUUAGCUACCACAGGCUGUCCUCCCCCAAUGCUGACUUUGCCUUUGCCCUCUACAAAAGUCUGAAGGCCAACACUGCUGCUGGAAAGAACAUCUUCUACUCACCACUGGGAAUCUCCAGCAUCCUGUCCAUGGUGUCUGCAGGAGCUGGAGGUGAAACCCACAGCCAGCUGUUCUCCACCUUGGGCUACAGCGCCUUCAACCAAACCCAGGUCAAUGGAGCAUACAAACAUCUCUUUGACGUCCAUGGACACAGUCAGGAGAAUCUACAGCUGGAUGUAGGAAAUGCUGCUGCAGUGCGCUCUGGCUUCAAUCCUCUGGAGACGUUCCUGAAUGAUGUCAAGGAGUUUUACUCUGGUGAGAUCUUCACUGUCAGCCAAGAUCUCUCUGAGGCUGCAGCUAAGAUCAACAGAUUUAUUGCAAAUAAAACUCAGGGUAAGAUCAAGGACAUGGUGAAGGACCUGGAUCCCGCUAUGGUCAUGGUGCUGAUCAACUACGUCUACUUUAAAGGACUGUGGGAGAACCCAUUCCAAAGUGAUAUGACACGACAGGCUGAAUUUCAUGUGGACAAGACCACCAAAGUUCAGGUAGACAUGAUGUCAAGGACCGGGCACUACAAGGUCUACUGGGACGAAGCAAACCAUGCCACUGUCAUCAGUCUGCCUUACAAGGGCGACGCCUCCAUGAUGAUCGUCCUGCCUGAUGAAGACAAGAUGGAGGAGGUGGAGGGCUACAUCAACAAGGACCACAUCAGACGCUGGCGAAACUCAGUCUCUAUGAGUUACAUAGAUCUGUUCAUGCCAAAGUUUUCCAUCUCUACUGAUGCUUCCCUGGAGAGCACUCUGAAAAAAAUGGGCAUCAUAAAUGCUUUUGGAGAGAAUGCUGAUUUCUCUGGUAUAUCUAAAGACUUACCGCUCAAAAUCUCAAAGGCAUCCCACAAGGCUGUGCUCAGUGUCACUGAGAUUGGAACAGAGGCAACAGCUGUCAGCACCAUGGAGAUUACGACUCAUAUGUUACCUCCAAGCAUCAGAAUUGACAGACCAUUCUUGGUUUUCAUCAUAGAAAACUUCAGUGGGAGCAUCCUCUUCAUGGGCAAGAUCAACAACCCAACAGCUGAAUGAAGAAUCCAAGAUAAUCAGUCCUAUAUCUCAUCAGUGGAGAAUAGUUUAUUAUAAAAUCAGGACUCAUCUGUAAACAGGAGGUGUGGGACUCACUUGUUAGCUUAUAAAUUGUAUAAAUCCAGAUACUACAGGGUAUGGUACAAUGGCUGAUAGUAAAGAGUUCCUGUAAUAGCUUAUACUGUAUUUUGUAAGACACUGAUGCUGCAAAACCCAUGGUAAUAUCUGAUUAACCCUUUGACUUCCAAACUAAGAAAUACAUUUGCAAAAAAAUAUUUGAUGGUAAAGUUGUGUUCCUGCCUCUUCGUUUAACAACAUUUCAGGUUUUAUUUUUCAGAUUACCCAAUCAGGAAGAAAAUAUGCAAGUCCACCAGCUGGUUGACUUGCCUGUUUCUAGUCAACCUUGCAGUCAGAAUCCCUAUUGCUUUCAAAAUAAAACACAACACCAAUCCUUUUUGUCUUUUAAUCCUGUCAUUAAACCAUAAACAUGAAAAUAUCAUCAGAAUACCCAUCAUUCAUGAGUAACCAGUGUCUUACCUGAAAUCCACAGUGUUAGAUCCAAUAAUAAGCAUCCGUUUAUAGAUUUUUAAUCCAUUUUCAAUCAUGUACUUUGGUUUUCUUUUGUGGGUAGCGCCAUAUUUGUUGCUAUGCAAUGCAUUGUGGGAGGGGCUGUUGACCAGUGGCAAGCUGUUGCGUCUCUACUGCUUAAAGGAAUGGUAUGAAUUAUUUUAACUGCAAAAAACGAGCGUGGACUUUUUUGUAAAUAUAUGUCGAUAUUUUAAAACAUUAGUCACAGAAUGUUUUUUUUUCACUGUUUUGUCCCCAUGAGAUGAGAGAACAAA